UAUAUUUAUUAAUUUAUUUAAAAAACGUAUAUAUUUUUGAAAAGUAUUUAAAUGACGGGCUGAACUUCAUCUUCCAGCCAGCAGGGGGCGACGUUUCAUUUCAAUUGCAGGAGAAGAAGCUAAAAUGGCGAUUGUAGGAGCAGGGCGGUCUGCGGGUGUGCUGUCAUCUGUUCCGCUGCAGCUGCUGCUCCGUCUCACCAGCGUCUACUUCAUCGUUUAUUUUCUGUUCACUCUCGGUUUGCUCAUCAAAAAGAGUUUGGUGCUGUCCUAUCCCGCAGAUUAUCUGGCUUGUGAUGUUGCACUGCUGUUCCUGCUGGCUGCUCUGGAGGUUCUCCACUUCCUCUGUGGUGUGAAGGGUAACCUGACUGAGAGUGAGAGCUACAUUCUGGCUAACAUCCUCGUGACGGCUGGAACUGUCCUGUUGACGGUUUACUUCCUGGUGUGGCAGACUUACGUCAUGCGAGCGGAUGUCAUAAUCAGCGGCAUCCUCCUGGCUGUGUAUGGCUUAGAUGGAGUUCUGGCUGUCAGCACGUUAGCCAGAUUUGCCAGUGCCUACUCAUGAAGAAGACUACCUCAGAUUGCUGUCUAUACUUUUAUUCCAAACUUGUCAACAUUUUGUUUUAUAAAUCUUGAAUGGAACACUUCUGAACCAUUUGACUUUAAUAAAAAUAUUUUGAUUUUUUUUUUUACUUUUUUUUUCUUUAAAAUGUGUGUAAAUAUCCAUUUUGUAUUGAUUCUGUACAUUUAUAAUUUAACAAAAUAAAACUAAUUUGAUAGGUU